UAUUAAUUUCUAGUGUUGAAUUUACGACAGACUCUAACACAAGCUAUUGUGGAAUAAUGAAAAAUAUUUGUAGGAAAUUUUCAACUACAUUAUUUGAUCAUAUAAUGUGCGCAAUAAAAGUACGAAUAAUUGAAAUCAAAUGUUAAAUGCAUGUUUUUUCAUAACACUCAGCCAGACAGUUGGGAUCUAAUGUAUUUUUGCGAUCGCAAAUAAAGUUAUAAGUCUUCAACAGGAUGAGUAAAAGCAGUUUGGAAGCGGCUGCUGAAGCAGCUGCAAGAGUCAAUGCAAUGCUUAUCGCCAAAGGGAAGUUAAAAAUUUCCCCUUCUCAGAUCAAGCCUAAAACUGGAAAUAAUUUGCUUAGUAGAGCUAAAAUCAGUGAUUUGAUUACUGCAGAGGUAGACAUAAAUGAUGCACCCAUUAGUGCAAGAAAUUUGUUAACUAGAGGUCAUAAGCAAGAAGAAAUAUGCAAGCUAAGUGGUGCUGCAAUAUCAACUAGGGGCAGAUAUAUGACACCUGAGGAAAGACAAAGUAUUGCUACUCCUGAGUGCCGUCCUUUAUAUUUAAAUGUUCAAGCUACGACUCAUGUUGCUGUUAAAGAUGCUAUAAACCAAAUCCAAGAAAUACUAAAUCAGCACAUUCUUGCUUCUGGUGUUCCAAAAAGCCCUACUGUUGGUGUUGUGACUUAUCCUAAUUCUAGUUUAAAUUGUUCCUCUGGGGCUCAUCUACCAGUACAGCCAAAUCACAUUCCAUCUGGCUCACAUUUUGUGCAAGAUAAAGUAUUUAUUGGUUUAGAACAAGCACCUUCAGAUUAUCCUGUGAGAGAAAAAAUAUUUGGGCCAAAUGGUUCUUUUUUGCAACACAUUCGCACUGAAACUGGUGCAACUGUAACAUUGAGAGGUAAAGGAUCUGGGUUUAUUGAACCAACUUCUGGAAGAGAAGCAUUUGAACCAUUGUAUAUUCACAUCACUCAUCCCAAACCAGAAGGCCUUCAAGCUGCUAAAGCUUUAGCAAUAAAUUUAGUUGAAACUGCUCAUGUAGAAUUUGCUCAAUGGCAGCAAACUCAGCAGCAGUCAAUUCUACAACCUUUGGCAUCUGUGGUCCUGCCUCAAACUGCUCCAGUUGCUUAUCAAAAUCAAGUUAUGGUCACCCCAACUGUUCUGCCUGUUAAUACUGCAUUGCCUGCUGGAAGUAAUGUUGUUGCAACGGGAAUCCAAAUACCAUCAUCAGUAGCUGCUGCCGGGAUUCAACUAUCAACUCCAGUUGCUGCUGGUAUUCAAUUGCCUGUUUCUGUUGCUGCCGCUGGAGUUCAGAUACCAACUUCAGUUGCAGCUGGAAUCCAGUUGCCUACCUCUGCAACGAGAAAUGCAAUACCAUCUGGUAUCCCUAGUUAUGUACAUACAAGUGUCCCUGCAUUAGUUACUCCAAUGCCUGUUGUGUCUUCUGUCCCAGUCUCAGUUCAAGCCAUACCUUCUCAGACUGUUAUAACUUAUCCUACAUAUGUUGCAAAUGCUAAUUCAAUUAUUGCAAGGCCUGCAGCCUCUGUUGUAGCACGGCCUGUUGCUCCAGCUGUCAGCAUUUUAAGCGUUGUACCGACACUUCCUGCAGCUUCAGCCUACACACUAGCUCGCCAAAGACCGCAUUUCCAAGCAUCCCAACUUGCAUUUACCCAGCCUGUUGUGUAUGCUAGUGUUCCUACACCACAGCAAGCAGGCUUGACUCAAGCUCCCAUUCCUCCAGCAUCAAUGGUUAUGAAUGUUCAAGAGAGUUCAAGCUAUAAUAUGGCUGCCCGUUUUUCCCAACCUCCACCAACUCAUCAACACAAUGCUGCUGACAUUUCUAAGCAUGGCUAUUAUAAUGGUUUGGGUUUAUCUAUUCCAUCCUAUGCUGCAACAAAAUCUUGCUUGCAGGAGUCUAAUGUAAACCAUCCAACAGAGCUGCAGCAGAGGAGAGGAGGGGAUCGCAGUCCUGCUGAAGAUCGGAUGCUCAUGCCACCACCAGUCAUGCCAAAUGCCAGUUUGAGGACAGAAGAGAGAGCAGUUGCAGCUGAUGUGAACACAAAUAUUCAAAUAUUUACAGACACACAGAAGAUUUCAGAAAAUACCGAAGAGCCAGAAAGGAAGAAAUUGAAAGGAGCUUUAGGGGGCUUAGCUUCCAUUUAUGGAUCCGAUGAUUCUGAUGAAGAGGAAAGCCCAGUUUCUUCAGCAACAUGGACGACAACCAAUGCCAACACUUCCAAACAUGCGUGGAAAAGUUAUUCAUGAAAUCUUGUGAAAACAGACUUAUGGAAUGGAAAGGACUUUUUUAGUCUCAAUUCUAAUAUUUAUACCUUUAGUAGUGGGGAAAAGACAGAAGUGCCUUUUUUUAAUUUGUAUAUAAAAACAUUAAAAAUGCUUUCAAUUCCCACAAAAAAGAAUGUAAAUAAGCUGCAUCACUUAUGUAUUUAAAAUAAUUUUAAAUUGGACUGAGUAAAAUAUUUGAUUGCUUGAUUUUUUUUACAUACAAAUACAAAACAGAUAUUACUUUAUGCAGUAAUACAUGUUGUAAUUCUAGAUAAAAAGUGCUACAUAAUACUUUACAUAUUUUUAGAUUCUACAAAAUACUAGAAUAGUGCUUUUGUUUCAAUUAUUAAUACCUUGACAUACUAUGUCUCAGAAACCACAAAAAAUGAAUAAAGUGUAUGAUGUAAUUGUACGCCAAGUGAGUGGUUUAAGUUAUUGUAACUAUUGGUGACUUCAUUAGCGUACUAAAUAUGCCAAAUGGUUCAAUAAGGAAAAGUAGGCUAUCUGUGCCAAUAUGCUGACGGGCAGCACAUGUCAAUUGAACUGUAUAACACAGUUAUAUCAUCAUAAAACAAAACUGUCAACACUUCCAUCUAGUCGCUUCACAGAACUUAGAAG